AUGACCGUUUCAAUAAAUAGUGCUGAACAAGCGUAUCUUGAUUUAUGUGAAAGAAUCAUCAAUGAAGGUGAAUUCCGUCCAGAUAGAACGGGAACAGGAACAAAAUCCCUCUUUGCCCCACCUCAAUUACGUUUUGAUUUAUCCAAUGAUACUUUCCCACUCUUAACCACGAAAAGAGUCUUUUCCAAAGGUAUCAUUCAUGAAUUAUUAUGGUUUAUUGCUGGUUCAACCGAUGCCAAAUUGUUAAGUGACAAGGGAGUGAAGAUUUGGGAAGGAAAUGGAUCUCGUGAAUAUUUGGAUAGAUUAGGCUUAACCCAUCGUCGUGAAGGUGAUUUAGGUCCAGUUUAUGGAUUUCAAUGGAGACAUUUCGGGGCUGAAUAUGAGGAUUGUGAUGCUGAUUAUACUGGAAAGGGAUAUGACCAAUUGCUCGAUGUGAUAAAGAAAUUGAAAACAAAUCCAUAUGAUAGAAGAAUUAUUAUGUCAGCUUGGAAUCCUCCUGAUUUCCCCAAAAUGGCCCUUCCUCCAUGUCAUGUCUUUUGUCAAUUUUAUGUCAGUUUCCCAGGUGUUACUGAAACUCCAGAAUCAAAUUCCGAGAAGCAAGCUAAAACAACCGCAAGACCAAAAUUAUCUUGUUUGUUAUAUCAAAGAUCUUGUGAUAUGGGAUUGGGUGUUCCUUUCAAUAUCGCUUCAUAUGCUUUAUUGACCAAAAUGAUUGCAGUACAACAACUAUACCUGACACCACUUAAAUAA